CCCAUAGUAUUAUUGAAUCCGUUAACCAAACUUGCCGGAAAUUUGUCAUGCUCAAUGCAAGCAAGGCAGGAAACUAUGUAGGUGUGCCGUAUUUGAGUUUCCGUGACAUUUGAUUUGAUAAUAGGCGGAUUACUAUUCGAUUGUUCUUUUUUGUCACAAUAUAAGCUUCAAAAUGAGUAGAGGGGCCGGAAAGGAAAACAAACCACAGGAAAAUACCCCCAGAAGAGUUACGAGGGAAAAGGCCACACAUAAAAUAAGGAGCCAUAAGUUCCAAAGUGUCACCCCCGGUACUCAGCCUAAACAUCACAAAUUAUGGACGAGUUUUGUUGUAGUAAUUGCUGUUGUUGUCGCCAUGUAUUUUCUAAAGCCAGAGAAGACUGUUAAUUUAGCUCUUCACAACGAAGUGGUUCCUUUCCGUUUUUAUAAAAGACAUUGCUCCCAACAGCUUCUGAAAGAAAUGCACGACUACCCAAACUGCAUUCCAAAACAAUGUGGGAGAUUUGUUAGUGAUAGUUUAGUAUCUUCUGAAGAAGUGGACAUUUUACUUAAAACGGCAAAGUCUGCGAUUGGAUUAGCUGGUUCUUCCGGAGGCGCAUCAAUUGUCGAUCUUCACUCGGGAGCAUUGUCGCACAAGGAUAAAUUUAUCAAUGCUUACAGUAUUUUAGAAUUUAGGAAAUUAUUGACCAAAGAAUUCUUGGGUGCUUAUAAGGCAAUAAUGUCGAAAUUGAAGGAAAGUAUUGCCAAGAAUUUUCUUAUUGACGAAUCAGUUUUGCACCUAACACGGCCGACAUUUUUCUCAAAAAUCAGUAAUAUAACAGCGAAAACCGUACAUGACGAGUAUUGGCAUUCGCACGUCGAUAAGGAACAAUAUGAAUCAUUUCACUACACUUCAUUAGUGUAUCUUAAUACAUAUAAAAAGGACUUUGAAGGUGGUCGAUUUAUUUUUAUUGAUGGCAUGGAGGGCAAUGAAACGAAAUUCUCCGUAGAGCCGAAAGCUGGUCGGGUGAAUGCAUUCACUUCAGGGCAUGAAAAUGUACAUCACAUUGAACGUGUUGUUCAUGGAACGAGGUAUGCGCUCACAGUUUCAUUCACAUGCAAUUCUACACUAGCGGUGGAUACGAAUUUUGCAACGAGGUAUAACGAUUAGUUACUCGAAUUUCCAAAAAUAGUAUUUAAAAUACAAAUUCAACACCUAUGAUGAAUAGCAGGUGAUGGAAUAAUGCCUAGAUCUAGAGAACAUAAUACAAAAGUAUCUAAUUGGAGAUAGUUUUAUAUUGUUAUAAAAAAUAAUCUUCUCAGUGCAAACUUCCAAAUACGUUGAACUGUCUUUUAAUUUUUCAUAUCUUAAUUUUAUAUUGACUUUUGUUGUAUAAAUUUAACUCCGAACCGGUAAGUACUUAUUUUUGAGAUAAUGAUAUUAGUUUCUUACAGUGAUUAUGUUUGCUUUCAAAUCUGUUGGUUGUAUAAUAAUUCUCAUACCAAUAACAAGAUGUUGAGUGUAGCUCGCCUGUAGUUUGUUUAUUAUUUAUUAUUAAAGGAUUUUGCUCCAAAAUAUUCAAUGAAUAACCAACAAGACAUUUUUAUAUUUUCUCAUAAAAUAAUAUUUCGUCUCAGACCGUUUCGCAGGCUGCACGAGAACAUUAUGAGCAAAUAAAAAAGUAUUUUUCAACAUUAAAUUUUAUUCUAUAUUUGGCUUGCAUUAUUUCUAGGGUCAUUUAUCGCUAUAAAACUGUACAUAUCAAUAAAUAAAUUAACAAAAGAAACCAUAUGAUGUUUACAUUUCAUCGGAGAAAAUCGUUUACGUCAGCAAUCCAUUAUCAAUUGGACAUUGCUCCUGCCUGGUUAUAUUUUUUUUUUUU